ACCCACUGUUUCCACGGACGGACGCCCAAAACCACGAGCUGGAGCGCCCACCGUUCCUUCCACCCGGCCGCCGUCGUCUCCUCCCGCGCUUGCUUUAUCUACCGCUCGCCUCUGCUCCCACGGCUCCACAUCCAUCCAUCCAUCCAUCCAUCAUAUACCUCAUCGUAGGAGCGCUCAGCGGCAAUGUGCAGAGCACCGGUGGACGACCUCGGCCGGCUCGCGCCGCGGCCCCGGACACGGCGCCUCGACGUGCGCGCCUUCUACCUCCGCCUAUCCUCCUCAUCACCCACGUCGACGCCGCCAGCGGAGCUCACGCUGCUCUACCGCCCGGCCAUCGGCGGCGCAGCCUUGGAGCUGGCCGGCCGCGCGCUCCCGCCGGCCAGCCCCGCCGAGGUCGCCCUCGCCCGCGUGCGCGGCGCCAAGGACGACGAUGCCCCGGCGUACGCCAGCGCGGACCGCGUCUCGGCCGCCGAGGGCGCGCGCUUCGAGGUGUACGACGGGAAGGAGCUCGCGGCCGAGGGCGCCUUCUUCUUCGCGCGGGGGCUCGACGGGUGGCGCGUCGAGUGCCGCCGGCCGGCCGCGUCGCGCUCGCGGGUGGCGGAGGUGCUGGUCCUCGCCAAGGGCGGCGCGCUCAUAAGGGCCAGGGCCAGGGCGGCGAGGCGGGCCGGUCUCGGGUGCAGCGCGACGCCGCUCGAGGGGAUACCGGAGGAGGGGCCGUGCGGGUGCCAGUGCGGGGCAUGCGGGGACGACGACUGGGAGAUGGUCGGAGACAGCAGCGACGAUGACGCCGACGCCGACGCCGGCCACGGGUUGAAGGAGGAGGAGGAGGUGGACGCGGAUUCGAUGCGGUGGGCGCUGGAGAUGGGCGCCUGGGCGGUGUGCGUCGGGGUCGGCCUGCUCGCCACCGCCCGGCGGUUUAGCCGGAGCCGGAGGAGGGCCGCGCUCCGGUGAUCCCUUCCCGCCCGCCGAAAAGGGAGGAAUUUGUUUAGCUUACUGUUCUUUUCACCGAGUCAACCAACCAAAAGUGUAUAUAUUCACCGGAUUUUGCACUAGUUUAUUUCUCUAGCGAUUUUGUCAAGCUUUCUGUGUAUGUAAUGUGAUGUGUAGAUACGCUCGCUCCGAAGGAAUCCAUAACUGUUGACGAGUUC